UUCGUGAGGUAGACUUCCGGAAUCGUAUUGCUCGAAUGGCGGACACCGUGGUUGUCGUUUCUGUCAAGUACAAUAGUUUUGAUUCUGAAAACUCAUGUAAUAUUAGCGUAUUUGAUGUAUUGGAGUGGAAAAAAGCGGGGUUUCGUGAAAAAUCGAAAUAUUUUACUUUUACUCGGUGACUAUUUUAAUGAUCGAUAAAACGGUUGUAAGCACCGGUAUACGUAAAAGUUUUCGUUCUGUCAUACAAACAAGAUAAUAAUCACCAUUUCUAGCGGGAGGCAUAAAAGAGAAGUGGAAUUUGAAAUAUUAUUCAGAAAGUAUUACGAACAUCAAAAGAACCUAUAAACUAUGCGAAUCAGAUGAUUCAAGGGACUUUACAGAAAAAGGAAAUAUCACAGAUUUGAAUAUAGUUAUGGAGGAUAGUAUGAGUGUCAAGUCUAUGGAAUCAGUGGCAACCAGCGAUGAAUAUGAAUUUGUGAGUGACAAAGGUACUACCAAGCAACAGCAAAACUUACUUGAAGCACCGAUGUUAAAAAUUGCUAAUAACGGAAAUUUAGAAGAUCUACAAAAUAAUCUUCGUGAGGUAUUAACGGAAGAUUCAAAAAUGGAGGGUAGAGACUACAAAUUAACAAAUCCACAACAAAAAGCUAAAAAAAUAGGGCAUAGCCAAUUUUAUGAUGUUAGUUCUUGUAUAAAUGGCACAGAAAAACAAGAUGUAAUGAAACCUGAUGAUUUCAUAGAAGAGGAAUUAAACACAUUGUCACAUGUUCAACAAGAAUGCACAAUUUUCAAUGGUGUUACAUAUUUGGGAGCUGCAGCAAUAAAUGCACCAAAAUCAGAAUGUGAAAUACAGCGUAAUAUGAAUAUUUUAAAUGCUGAACAAUCUCUUAAUCUGGGUAUAAAAAUUUCUGUCUCUGUACCAAGUAGUUCCCAAGGUUCUGUUGUUUUAUAUGAUGCUGCCACUCAGCAACCAAUUGCCCAUUAUGAAGUACAACGAAUUCUAUUUUAUGCACGUGGAGAAAGUACUGGAUUGUGUGCUGCAUGUUUUGCUUUUACAUGGUCUCAUGGAGAUACUUUGGAAUCUGCUAUUUAUCAAUGUCAUGUUUUUCGAUGUAAUAUACCAGAAGCAGUUGGGCAAGUGUCAGCUUGUUUCUCUAAAGCCUUCCAUAGAAUACCAAGAUCAAUGACAAAUUCUUUAACAGGAAGUGACUUUAGCAAUUAUAAUGCAGGCGGUGAAAAAGUUAAUUCUCGUGUAUUUAUUUUUGAAGUUACCAUGGAAGUUAAGGAAGAAGAUGGAAAAGGUGCGUUUAGUACUGUUCCUAAGGACAGAAAUUGUUUCAAAUUUCGGAGUAAUAUAGCAAAGCAAGUUUGUUUGAGUAUUCAACAAGUUUCCAGUAAAGAAGGAGGUGAAGUUGAAAGAUGUUUUGGUGUUCUUGUUAGCCCAGGACGUAAUGUGAAACAUAGUGACAUGCGAUUACUUGAAAUGCAAGUAAGCACUGGACCAAUCGUCCAGGAUCGAUGUUACAAUAUAUGUGGCCAAUGGGAUCCGGCUGAUCCAGCUUUGGAAACUCUUAACAUAGAGACACCUAGAGAGGGCAAAAUAUUCAUGACAGUAGCGGUUGAUUUAGUUAUUAGAGGUAUCAGGGAACCUGUCAGAUUCGUAAUCGAAACUCCUGUUAAAGUAUUUCCACAAAACGAGAGAUUUUGGUACUUUAAUAAAAGAAAUUUAUUACAACAAUUUUAUCUUAACUCUAAAGAGAUAAUAUCUGGCGAUGGAAGUGAAGUUCAUUACGAGGUGCAAAGUAUAGAAACAUCAGGAGAAUUAGAUAGAAAUAGAUUAAAUCUUGCUCUUAAUUUAGCUUCUUUAAUUAGAUCGUCUUCUUUGACUAGCAUAGACACUUUAACUCCUAAAGAGGAAAUAGAUUCAGAUGGAGAUGAGCCAAUGUUAAGUGGAACAGGAGAAGUAUCGAAAGAUUGUUCUGCGGGUGAAUUGGCCAGCUGGGGAGAAGUUCUAGAAAGUUGGCAAAUUAACGAGCAACGUCCGAAACUUUUAAUAAAACUCACAAAACAAGGAAUUCCUGAAGCAUUACGUGGUGAAGUAUGGCAACGCUUAAGUAAUUGUGACAAUUCCCAGGAAAUGAUGGAUAAGUAUAGAACACUGAUUACUAAGGAAAGUAGCUGUGAAAGUGUUAUAUUAAGGGAUAUCAACAGAACAUUUCCCGCACAUGAUUUUUUCAAAGAAACUGGUGGUUUAGGCCAAGAUUCUUUAUACAGAAUAAGUAAAGCGUAUGCAGUAUAUGAUGAAGAAGUUGGAUAUUGUCAGGGUUUAAGUUUUUUAGUUGCUAGUUUAUUGUUACAUAUGCCAGAAGAACAAGCGUUUUGUGUUCUAGUGAAAUUAAUGUACGAUUAUGGUUUACGAGAUUUAUACAAAGACAGAUUUGAUAAUCUUCAUAUGAGGUUUUAUCAAUUGAAUCGCUUAAUAGAGGAUCAACUUCCUGAACUUUACAAACAUUUCUGCGAUCGUGGUGUUGAAACACAUAUGUUCGCAGCACAAUGGUUUUUGACUUUAUUUACUGCUAGAUUUCCAUUAUAUCUUGUGUUUCACAUCCUAGACGUUUUCCUUUUACAAGGACUUGACACUCUCUUCCAGGUGGCUCUUGCAUUGUUAAUGUUAUGCAAAAAAGAGCUAUUACAAUUGGAUUUUGAAAGUAUUUUAAAGUACUUUAGAGUCCAUUUGCCUAAGCGUUGCAGAAAUGAAGAAAUAUCGCGUUAUGUAAUGAAACUGGCCUGUUCCGUUACAUUGAAGAAAUUGAAGAAAUAUGAAGCAGAAUUCUUGACAUUAAAAGAGGCUCAAGAAAAUGCUGAUGAAUACAGUAAUGAGGUGGAACAAUUAAGAGGUACAGUUGCAAGAAAUGAGGAAGAAAAGCUAAGGUUGGAAGCAGAACUUGCUCAAGUAAAAGAAAUGCUACAACGUGAGGUAUCAAGAGCCGAUGCAGAGAGCCGUCGAAGUAAUAUUAUUAUUGCUGAAUAUAAACAGAUUUGUCAACGUUUGGAAGAUGACUAUAAUGCUGCAAAAAUGACUUUAAGUGAAUUACGGUCUAAGGUAUCAUCAAGAUGUGACAAAUGUAGAACAUGCAUAAUGGAUUCAUCAAGUAUAUUAGCAGACAUAGCACAUCCUUUAGAAAAUCGAGUUGAUCCUAUGUUACAUAGAGUACAAGAAAGAGUAAGAGAAUUAGAAUUAGAAUUGGCACAGACAAAAUUAGCGCACGUGGAAGCAGAAUGUAGAAAUCAGGAUUUGACACAUCAAUUACAUGCAACUGCUUCUGAACUUCAAGCGACACGAAAUAGUUGGCCAUGGCUUAGUAAAACUUUGUCUAGUAUAAAAGAAGCAGCAAACAAGCGAGAAGUUAUAGGGCCUUCGUCAUUAAGAGAUUUAAGACGCGAUAGUACUCCAGGAGAUGAAGUACAUCAUCAUAUAAUACAUUCGCGUAGCCGUGAUAGUCGUGACAGUCUUAAAGAAAUAGUGUAAUAUGGUAAGUGAUCUCAUGAUGUGUACAAUUAUAUUUGAAUAUUACAUUUGAAAAUUAUGAUUCUCUCAAUGAAAACAUCACAUAACAUUAUUUUUAUUGAAUAAGCCAAACAUUAGUAGAUGGUAACGCAGAUAUAUAGAUCUAGAUAUAUGUAAAUAUACAAGAUGUAUCCUGACAGGUGGUACAACUAAGCGAGUAAUGAUACUAAAUGUAGAAAUAAAUCGAAAAAAGAAAAACAUUUUUUCGUUUGAAACCCCGCUUUAAAGAAAAUCGUGUGUGAAAAUUCUAGAUUUGAGGACCUCUUACUACCAUUAGAUUUGUAAUAAUCAUAGAAGAAACCGCACUUAAUUAAACUCUCUAUCUAUUCUCUGUAUUACUCUUCUGCCUGGACUGCUACGAUUUGAAAAUUGUUGUCUAUAAUACUCAACUGUUGUUAUUGCGUCAUUGUAUAGUUCGUCUGAUAGGAACAGACUAAUGUAAGAGAAAUAAGUCGUACAAGUGAAGAGAAAAUAUAAACAUUACAGAGCACAAUAAAUACAAAAGUAUAAACGAAAGAAAAUGUUUAUAGCUGAUAAAUAAUUUGAAAGAUAAUUAAUUGUACGCAUACUUUAAAAAAUAUUCAUACACAAUUUUUUUGGAAACAGGGUCUCAAUCGAAAAAAAGUUACUCCUUUAUCCGAUUUAUUUUUACAUGUAGAAUUCACAUCCAACCCGGAUGUUUAACUUUUUGUUGGAUGCACCAUAUAUAUGUUAUGUUAGCUAAGUGAAACAUUAUGAAGUCUAUGUAUUCGUUACAUUAUGUAACGCAUGCAUAAUAUACCUAUGACUAAUUCAGCUGUAUUAUUUCCUAUACUAAUAAUAUAUAUUAUUAAUUUCCUUAUUUUUAAGAGACUAUUUUUUAAUAUGCAUAUUUAUUUUUAUAGAUCUUUAAUAUGUUAAAUGUUAACAUUAUUAUUUACUAUUUUCUUUAAUUUUUUUUUUUUUUAAUAAAAUUACAUAAAAGAGAGCAUGAUGCAUAUUUUAGAAUAGUCCUAAAUAUGUGAUUUUAAAUGACAGAGUUAGUCUACUUGAAGUUAGUACUAUUGUCCUUGUAUCAAUAGAAGUGACCAAGAUGUAAUGAGAAGAAACCUAAAUAAGCAAAUAAACUUCAGAGAGAUUUCUAUAUGAGCAUUAAAACAAU